CUUUGCUAUCUCUGUCUCUGUUUUUUUCCACCGCCAAUUCUCUGCAACUUCCGAGCUCGAGCUCAAGCUGUGCGCCGCCAUGUCGGGAGGAGGAGGAGGAGGAGGAGGAGGAGGGCUGCGGCGGAGACCAAGGCUGAGUGGAGCGUGUAUUCUUCUCAUAGUGGUGUCGGGGAUGGAGAGAUUCGUGUUCAAAGGGGUGGCGUCGAACAUGGUGACGUAUCUAACAGAGGUGAUGAAGAUGGGGAACUCGGCGGCGGCUAAGACCGUGAACACCUGGUGCGGCUUCACUUCCAUGCUGCCGCUGCUGGUGGCGCCGCUCGCUGAUUCUUAUUGGGAUCGUUAUUCCACCAUUUUAGCCUCUGCUUUUCUUUACGUCAUGGGGUUAGUUGCUUUAACAUCAACAGCAUUAGCACGAUCAUGGUCACCAGCAAACACAACCUCCUCCUUCCUAUUCUCGUCUCUCUACCUCAUCUCGCUUGGCCAAGGCGGAUACAACCCAUCUCUCCAAGCCUUUGGUGCCGACCAGCUCGACCAUGACGUUGCCGAACUCCCGAUUGACACGCCCAAAACACCGUCCUCCUCCGAGCAUAAGGCAAAGAAGAAGAGGUUGUUCUUCCAAUGGUGGUACUUUGGAGUGUGCAGUGGCUGCCUCCUUGGUGUGACGGUCAUGUCCUACAUUCAAGACACAUUUGGUUGGGUGAUUGGGUUUGCCAUCCCCAUGGGCGCCAUGGUUUGUUCUGUGGCGGUUUUUGCUUGUGGCACUAAGAUUUAUCGGUAUAAGAUAGAGGAGGAAGAGGAUGGGGUUGCGAAGAGAGGGCUUGUGAUCAUGGUGGUGGAGCUUGUCAAAGCCUCGGCUUCUAGGCUCGUUUGUGCUACAAAUGUUGUUGCCUUGUCUAAGAACAAGCCUCGUGAUGAUGUUGAGUUUGAGCUGCAAGAGAGCAAGCCACUCUGCCAUGAAAGCUCAGGAGCCAUGAAAUCCAUGGAAGAAAACACCAACAUGAUUCCAAAAGAAAGAUUAUGUGUGGCCGACAAGGUGAAGCUGAUUUUGCGGCUGCUACCAAUUUGGACAUUGCUUCUAAUGUUCGCUGUAAUAUUCCAACAACCAGCUACCUUCUUCACCAAGCAAGGCAUGACAAUGGAGCGGAACAUCGGCGCCAACUUCAAGAUCCCGCCCGCCACCCUCCAGAGCUCCAUCACCAUCUCCAUAAUCCUCCUCAUGCCGUUGUACGACAACGUUUUGAUCCCGAUCACCCGCCUCUUCACCCGCACUGAAAAGGGUAUCACUGUCAUGCAGAGGAUGGGCAUUGGCAUGUUCCUCUCUACCAUUGCCAUGAUCCUCGCUGCCCUCGUUGAAGCCAAGAGGUUGACGAUGACUAAAACCACAUCGUCAUUGUCGUAUGCACCACUUAGUAUCUUCUGGCUGUUGCCUCAGUACAUAAUAUUAGGAGUUUCAGACAUCUUUACAGUGGUAGGGAUGCAAGAGUUCUUCUACUCAGAGGUUCCCGUGAGCAUGAGAACGACAGCAUUUGCACUGUACAACAGCGUGUUCGGUGUCGGGAGCUUUUGCAGUGCGAUAAUGAUAUCAAUCGUGGAGUUAUUAACAAGUUCGGAUGGGAGGCCGAACUGGUUUUCGGAUGACAUGAGCAAGGCUAGGUUGGACAAGUAUUAUUGGUUGUUAGCAUUUUGCAGUGGAUUGAGCUUUGUAUUGUAUGUGAUUUGGUGUAAAUGUUGCAGAAACAAGAUCAGUGGAGAAGAAACAGAAUAUUGAAUUUGAAUCAAGCUUUAUGAGUUUGAAUGGAAUUGUGGAGUGAGGUUCUAACUA